AUGCACGAUCAUGAAGACGAUCACGCAGGCUCUGCGGCUCCAAAACAACGGGCUCAUAAAGUCGCGGAAUCGACCUCGGGCUCGAGCCCUCAGGACGGCAAUCAGCAGUACCACCACGCCACGCGAGAAAAUGUGUCUCUGUUAGGUGCUACCAGCCAGCAGCUUUCGGGGAAUGAUACAAGCAAUGUUUUCCUUUCCCCUCUCGGUGUCCAGGAGAAUAGCCACACCCAGGGCCAGUUGGAUGUACUGCCUGGUUUCCCUGAUCAAGAUACUGGUGUCUACGACCAAGCUGUGCUAUAUGCGACAUUCGAUGACAUGGACUUCAAUUCGAACCUAGAUUGGUUCAUGGACCAGACUAGCGUUGAUCACUGCUUCAUGGGAGCUGAUACGGCUACUCUCCCGAUUCAGUUCGUUCAGGAGGCCCCGCAGAUCCAAUUUUCACCCAGUGGUCAGGUGUCUACGUCCAAUGUUGCCCAAUCCGAAUUUCCUAUGCACGCUGUGCAAGUGGGAAAUCAUCAUAGAGAUCGCGGUGAUGACUCUCUUGGAGGAAUCAUCAGUCCCGAGCCUCAGGAAAAUGCGCAUUCGGUCGGACCCUGGCCAUCAGAGACGCCUGCCCCGCCCCAACAUCAUAUAAUCCUUCCAGCUCUUGGGUCUGAAGGUUCGAAGCCGCAAAGGUUUCCAAAAUUCUUUGCUUUGCCUAGCAUAACAGACAAGACUCGGAACGCCUUGUGUAAAUGUCUAUCUCUGCCACUGGAAUAUAAUCCGUUCCAGUCGUUGAGCCUGGAUGCCUUUCCUUCGCAGGAAAAACUCGACCACUGCGUGGACUUGUAUUUCAGGCACUUUCACCCCACGGUACCAGUUAUUCACCAACCCACAUUCGAUCCUGGUAAAGAUCUAAUCGUCACGUUGGCGAUCAUCAGCAUUGGGUCAUGCUACACGAACCUGGAGAAUGCCAGAAACUUUGCCGUCUGCCUGUCCGAGCUGCUGGGAAGGUUGCUAAGCUAUAUGGUCCAACAGGACCGCCGGUUUGUCCGGACACCAUCAUACCUCGUGGCCCAGGUUCUUCAAGGCACUCAUGGCUACUGUAGCGGUAGCGAGCGACUAUUCGAACUGAGUGAAUCGUCCCGGGGCACCCUUGUUCACAACGCCAAAUGUAUGGGGUUGUUUCGAUAUGAGUCAAAAGACCCCGACCUUGCGACACUCUUACCAGAACAUGCUUGGCACGCAUGGAUCGAUGCGGAGCGGUUACGCCGACUUGGAUGGGCCGUGUACAAGUAUGAUGGAUCUGUAGCCUAUCUACACAAUGUUCGUCCUUAUUUGAGUGUAGGCGACAUCAACUUACCACUUCCUGCCUCCGAAGAGUAUUGGACUGCGGAAUCCGCUCCAUCUUGGGCAGCACUGCAUCCCUGGUCUCGAGAUAAUGUUGAACGAAGCCUCCAGCUGCGGACAGUCAUACGAAUGCUGUUCGAUGGCACGCCAAAAGCCGCAUCCAAGAUUUCGGAUGAGGAGCAUGCUUUCAUCGUUGUAUUAACGCUUGUCAGGAUGCUGUGGUCGCUCAAAGAAAUCAAAUCGUCUCCUAUACACGAUCUGGUGACUCCCCCCAUCUACGAAAAUGGCGGCCAGACUUUACUGAGGGCUGUGCAGUCAAUGGCUGUGCCUUUGGACGCGCUAGCCAAAACACAUACUGGUGCCGAGAUGUCUCAAUUUGUCCACCGCAUGCAUCUCGUUCACGCGGCACAUCUGUACGGCUCUGGAGACCUGAUGAAUUGGCUAUAUCCAUAUCUGCGUCACGGACCUGAAGCAGAGAACGCAACCCGGCGUAUGAAGCAAUGGGCACUCGAGAGUCCACAGAGAACAAGAGAUGUAGCAUACCACUGCGCCCAGAUUAUUGGGUUGCUUCGAUAUUACCCUUACAACUUGCCACUGGAACCAUUCAUGCUUUUCCAUGCCGGUGUUGUGCUUUCAUGCGUGGCAUCACUGCUGCCAGUCCAUAAUGAGGACAGCCAAAACCCCAGCUUACAGCUUGAAGCACUUGACUGGAGCGAAGGCGAUGUUCACGACAGGCAGAUGGCAUGGGUGACGAGUGGCAUCAAUGCUUGUCCGAGUCUCAUCGGUGUACCCAUCCUUUGUUGUUCUGCAGGGCGACGUGCAGUACUGGAACAGACGGCUGCUUUACUGAAACGAUGCAAAUCCUGGGGCAUGGCCCGUAAUCUGACUAAAGUUGUACUGUCUCUCCAAUCACGCGGCGACGAGCCGAAAAACCAAAAUGCCAACGGCUCAAUGCCAGAAUUCUCCGGCUCCGACAUGUAUCCGGGCGCUGGGUGA